AUGGCCACCUCUGCCCCCAAUGACAUUAGUGCAAUGCUGGACGUCGCCAUUGCAGCUGCACGUGCUGCUGGUGCUCACAUGAAGUCACAACUAAACACGUCAUGUGUAGAAAAGACAAAAUCAUCGAAAGACGAUUUAGUCACAAUUGUAGACAAACAAUGCCAAGAUCUUGUGUUUGACACCAUUAAAAGCACAUUUCCAAGCCACGAAUUCUUAGGUGAAGAGGAUGUUGCACCUGGUAGUGAAGCCUCAGUCCGUGCGUUACAAGAUCUUGUGAGUAAAGAGUGGCUUUGGAUUGUCGAUCCUAUUGAUGGUACGACUAAUUUCGUCCAUCAUCGUCCAGCUAGUGUCGUGUCGGUGGCUUGUGCACAUUUGGGUGAAGUUGUGGUUGGUGUCAUCUAUGACCCGUAUCGGGAUGAGCUGUUUACGGCUCAAAAGGACAAAGGCACGUGUUUAAACGGUCAACCGACACACGUGAGUCAAGAAGCUUCAAUUUCGGAAGCUUUAGUGGGUUUUGGCAUUGGUACAAAGGACAGUGUGAGACUUCCCAUGCUUGAUUUUGCACGUGAACUCUCGGCCAAGUGCAGAGGAUUACGUUUGCAAGGAGCAGCGGCUAUUGAACUUGCGUGGACAGCUGUAGGACGCCAAUCGGCAUUCUACGAGCUCGACCUUAAUUCAUGGGAUAUUGCAGCUGGAGCACUGUUGGUAAAGGAAGCUGGUGGACAAGUGACCAACAGUGACGGUACGGCCUUUUCGCUCAACAUACGCAACAUUGUCGCAUCCAAUAACAAGGGCGACAUCCAUUCAAGCAUGAUUAAACUCAUUGCAAAGGCCGAUGCCGUCCAUGACCAUGUGAAUACGUGGUUCUUUAUGUGUGGACCUUUGGCUGUGAACGUCUUUUUACUAGGAUUAUCACUCAAUCUAUACGUUUACAAGCAGAAUAAUUUGGCAUUUGAUCAGGUGUUUGCUAUGCGUCCGGAUGAAGUGCCCACAGCCCAUGGCGUCUUUCGGACGGCAAUUUUUCUACUUGUAGUGCAAUUUUUCAUGUUUAAUGCUGAAAUUGCGCAACGUGGCGAUGCUUUUGGUAUCGAUGAGACACGUAUGGAAAUGUUACUACUUGGGUAUGUAUGUGUAGCAGUCUCGCUGUUGUUGUGUCCAUUGAACGUGCUGCAUUACAAGUUCCGCAUGUUUGUGGUACGAAAAAUAGCACGCUGUUUGUGGCCGUUCCAGAACUUUUCACUCAAGCUACCGACUCAUGCUACACCAUUUAUUGAAGUGUUUAUAGCUGAUGGUAUGACAUCACUUUCGAAAUUCAUUCAAGAUCUAUCCGUUGCACUCAUGCUGCUCGUGAUGUCACUCAAUAGCGAGCCCAACGACUUGAAAAAGUCGUAUCUUUCCAAGUUGAAAGAGUCACCACUGCCUUAUUUUGCAGCAAGUACACCCUAUAUAAUCCGUGCGACGCAAUGCUUGAUCUCGUUUCGACGAACUACGAGUGUGAAUGAUCGGUUUCUUCACUUGUUAAACACGAUGAAGUACUGCUCGAGCUUGUUGGUGAUUUCGGUCGGAGCUUAUCCGAUGCUCACGGGGAUUGCACGACCGGAGCAUAACAGCUUUUUCCUGCUCUGUGCAGUGUUUAACUCGCUCUACUCGUUCCUCUGGGAUGUCGUCAUGGAUUGGGGUCUGGGACAGCCCAAGCUGCCUCGACGGGUUGCAUUUUUGCGGCACCAAUUGACGUACCGUCCACGCAAGAUUUAUUAUCUGAUCAUUGUGGUAGAUUUUGCGCUGCGCAUUGUGUGGGUAACCAAGUGGUGGGAUUGGAUGCAUCGCGGUGUGCACUUUAAACUAUUCUCACAGAUCGCAGAGGUCGUGCGUCGUAUCAUUUGGAACUUUGUGCGUGUAGAAUGGCAGUGCAUCAAGCUCGACAUCCUCAGCAGCAAGAAACUGUUAGCAGGCUCCUUGGAGGUGGAGGGAAUGAUCGAAAAGGUGCCGCUUACGGGAGAGAACGAGGACGACUUGUUUGAAGAUGCCAAAACUAGGAUGAGAACGCUAAACCGUCCCAGCGCUGAGAAUAGCACUAAAACAAGCAGUACAUUUGGCCAGAGUUCCAGCAUCGGCAGCAAGCUGCAUCUUAAAGAAGUGAAAAAUGGCGAUGAUGCAGUUGUCGGUCUGGGAGGAAAAGGUCACCGGAAUGAAAUGAUCACUAUUGCUAGCUACUAUGGUAAGCCCGAAGCGAUACUGGUAAGUAAGUGGUAG